GAGAACAGGCGCAAGCGGCCGAGCCGAGCUUAGCCGUAGCCGAAGAUGGCGGCGUGCGGACGUAUUCAGCUCCUGCUCCUGCUGACGACCCAGUUCUCUUGCGUGUUUCUCACACUGGGGCUCAGACCGCAGCCGAACGUCAACCUCCAUCCUCCGCUUAUCGCCAUUAACCGGCAGCUUAAAGCCGGUGCCGCCUCGUCGGUGUCUCAGCCACGGAGAGCCAGCGGCUGGAGGCUGGCCGAAGAGGAGGCCUGCCGGGAGGACGCGAGCCGGCACUGCCCCAAACACACCUGGAACAAUAACCUAGCCGUGCUGGAGUGCCUGCAGGACACGAAGGAGGAAAUUGACAUUUCCACAGACUGCAACCAUUUGCUGUGGAACUAUAAAUUGAACUUGACUACUGAUCCAAAGUUUGAGUCUGUGGCAAUUGAAGUGUGUAAAAGCACCAUAUCAGAGCUUAAAGAAUGUAGUGAAGAGGAGAGAGGUAAAGGCUAUCUGGUGUCCUGCUUGGUGGAUCACCGUGGCAACAUCACAGAGUACCAGUGCCAUCAAUACAUCACAAAGAUGACCAGUAUUGUCUUCAGUGACUACAGACUCAUAUGUGGGUUCAUGGACAAGUGCAAAGAGGACAUCAAUAUUCUGCACUGUGGAAGCAUCACUACUGGAGACAAAGACCUGCACUCUCAAGGUGAAGUCAUUGCAUGUCUGGAAAAGGCCUUGGUCAGGGAGGCAGAGCAGCAGGAUCAGGCUCAUCAGAUCAAAGAUACCUGCAAGAAGGCCAUCAUGCGAGUGGCUGAGCUCUCCUCUGACGACUUCCACCUGGACCGCUACCUCUACUUUUCCUGCCGCAAUGACAGAGAGCGCUUCUGUGAAAAUACCCAAGCUGGAGAAGGCAGGGUCUACAAAUGUCUCUUCAACCACAAAUUUGAGGAAGCAAUGUCUGAAAAGUGUAGAGACGCCCUGACCACAAGGCAGAAGCUGAUUGCUCAGGACUAUAAGGUCAGUUACUCACUGGCCAAAGCCUGCAAGGCUGACCUCCGUAAAUACCGCUGUAACCUGGACACCAACCUGCCCCGAGCCAGAGAAGCUAGACUUUCAUACCUGCUCCUCUGCCUCGAGUCUGCAGUGCAUAGAGGCCGCAUGGUGAGUGGGGAGUGUCAAGGGGAGAUGCUUGACUACAGGCGUAUGCUGAUGGAGGAUUUCUCUCUGAGCCCAGAGAUUGUUCUUCACUGUCGGGGAGAGAUUGAGUCGCACUGCUCUGGUCUGCACCGCAAGGGACGCACACUCCACUGCCUCAUGAGAGUGGGUCGGGGGGACAAGGGCCUAAUUGACAGUCUCUGUCAAAAUGCUCUUCAGGCACUCAUCCAGUCUGCCGACCCUGGGGCUGAUUACCGCAUUGAUCGUGCUCUCAAUGAAGCCUGUGAGUCUGUGAUCCAGACAGCCUGCAAACACAUCCGCAACGGAGACCCUAUGAUCCUCUCGUGCCUCAUGGAACACCUCUACACAGAGAAAAUGGUAGAAGACUGUGAGCACAGCCUGCUGGAGCUGCAGUAUUUUAUCUCCAGAGACUGGAAGCUCGAUCCUAUCUUGUAUCGAAAGUGCCAGAAUGAUGCUUCCCGACUCUGCCACAUGCACGGCUGGAAUGAGACCAGCGAGUUGAUGCCUCCUGGUGCUGUGUUCUCCUGCCUCUAUCGCCAUGCUUACCGCACAGAGGAACAGGGCACACGACUUACAAGGGACUGCAAGGUUGAAGUCCAGCGGAUCCUGCACCAGAGAGCUCUGGAUGUGAAGCUGGACCCAGAACUUCAGAAACGCUGUAUGACUGACCUGGGCAAGUGGUGCAGUGAGAAGACAGAAACUGGCCAGGAGCUAGAGUGUCUGCAGGACCAUCUAGAGGACUUGGUACAAGACUGCAGAGAUGUGGUGGGCAACCUGACAGAGUUAGAGUCUGAGGACAUCCAGAUAGAAGCACUGUUGACUCGAGCCUGUGAGCCAGUGAUCCAGUCCCACUGCCAUGAUGUGGCUGAUAAUCAGAUAGACACAGGAGAUCUGAUGGAAUGCUUGGUGCAGAACAAACAUCAAAAAGAGAUGAAUGACAAGUGUGCUGUGGGAGUUACACACUUCCAGCUGAUUCAAAUGAAAGACUUUCGCUUCUCAUAUAAAUUCAAGAUGGCCUGCAAAGAGGAUGUCCUCAAACUGUGUCCUAACAUAAAGAAGAAGGUGGAUGUUGUGAUCUGUUUGAGUACUACAGUAAGGAAUGACACUUUGCAGGAUGUGAAGGAGCAACGUGUGUCCCUGAAGUGUCGCAAGCAGCUCAGAGUAGAAGAACUGGAAAUGUCAGAGGACAUUCGUUUGGAGCCUGAGUUGCAUGACUUGUGCAAGAAAGACAUCAGCAGGUGGUGCUCUACUGUUAUGUUUGGCAAUGCUCAGGUAAUUGAGUGUCUGAAGGAUAAUAAGCAGCACCUGACUCACCCUUGCCAUCAGAAGGUCUUUAAGCUACAGGAAACGGAGAUGAUGGACCCUGAGCUGGACUAUCAGCUAAUGAGGGUUUGCAAACAGAUGAUAAAGCGUUUUUGUUCUGAGUCUGAUGGCAAGAAUAUGCUGCACUGCCUGAAACAGAACAAGAAUAGUGAACUGAUGGACCCCAAAUGCAAGCAGAUGAUCACCAAGAGACAGAUUACUCAGAGCACAGACUAUAGGCUUAAUCCAGUGCUACGGAAGGCCUGCAAAGCAGAUAUUCCCAAAUUUUGUCAGAACAUACUCAACAAGGCCAGUGAUGACCAUGAACUAGAAGGCCAGGUCAUAUCCUGCCUGAAGCUUAAAUAUGCUGACCAGCGACUGUCAACGGACUGCGAGGACCAAAUCAGGGUGAUCCUUCAGGAGUCAGCCCUUGACUACAGACUUGACCCUCAGCUUCAGCUUCACUGCGCUGCGGAGAUUACAAACUUGUGUGCUGAGGAAGCUGCUGCACAGGAGCAGACAGGCCAGGUGGAGGAGUGUCUGAAGAAUAACCUACUGAAGCUCAAAAAUGAGCCCUGCAAGAAGGAGGUUUUAAAUAUGCUCAAAGAAAGCAAAGCAGACAUUUUUGUGGAUCCUGUGUUGCACACAGCCUGUGCUUUGGACCUGAAACACCACUGUGCAGCCAUCACCCCUGGUCGAGGCAGACAGAUGUCUUGUUUGAUGGAGGCUCUGCAGGAUAAACGAGUGAGGCUGCAGCCGGAAUGUAAGAAAAGGCUCCAAGACCGUAUAGAGAUGUGGGGCUAUGCAGCCAAGGUAGCUCCAGCUGAAGGCUUCGCAGACCUGGCUGUACAAGUGAUGACUUCACCUUCAAAGAAUUACAUUCUGUUAAUGAUCGCACUGGCCGUUUGUGUCCUUUUCCUGCACCAACAAAUAGGUUGCUUUUGUUCUGGACUGAUGGAGUGGAACCUGAACCAAGUGUCAUUUGGACAUGGAACAACUCCCUGGGUCUGAUAGUUUGUGAAGUGUACUGAACAAAACUGAGAAGAAUGAUGAUUUAAUAUAUUCUGUGAUGUGUAGAUACAUGAUAAACUUAUCUGGACAUGCCAAGUCUUCAGCGUGACAUUACCCCAGAGAUAAAUCAGUACCUGCACACUAAGCUUUGUGUUUUCAUCCUCUAGCAGUCUUUACUGAAGUUAACAGAACUACUCAUGAGGUCAAUGGAGUGCUUUAGAACAGGGAAACUACUGUGCCAAGAGUGGAGAGUGAUAUUCAUCAUGUACACUUGUUCUGUAGUGGAUGUACCAUGUGACCUUAAAUGCAUAGAAAAUGUGAAAGGUAGAUUACAAGGCUGUUUUAAGUGACAACUGUGACAACCCAUGAGGACCCAUGUGCAGAGGAUGAAUGAAGUACAGACUGUGGGAGCCAAAGGGGAAGCUGCAUAGGUUUAAAUGGCCUUUUCUCUGCCCUUUGCGAAGGUCUGUCCCCCUGUGUGGUCUGUAGAAUAUAUUCAGACUUAGCAGCAUGGACUAAACCUCUUUACUUUGUAAGAAGCUAUGGCUGUGAUAUUUUCUGAAAUUCUGCAAAUGUAAUAUUGAGAUGUAACAAACUGAACACAGCUAGUGCAUUUUUAUUAAAUGUCUGUACAGAUUAUGAUUUGUCUGUUUAAUAAGACUAUAUGCAGAUUUUCAUA